AUGCUAUCGUCAACCGCCGAGUGACGAAAUUGAAGGAGGGGAAAGAGCUGCCACUGUACUUAUUUAAGAUUUAAAUCCACUUCAUUCACAAUCAUCCUGUCAUUCUGUAACAAACCACCGACUCAAAAACAGUUUGGAUACAUUUAACUAAUGGCUGAGGUGGAAAGAUUGAACGUAGAUAAUAUAAUAGCACGAUUAUUAGAAGUUCGUGGCUCCCGACCUGGCAAGAAUGUACAAUUGACCGAAGCAGAGAUCCGCGGUCUCUGUCUCAAAUCCCGAGAAAUCUUCCUCAGUCAACCAAAUCUGUUGGAGUUGGAGGCACCCUUGAAGAUUUGUGGUGACAUCCAUGGGCAGUACUAUGACCUGCUAAGACUGUUUGAGUAUGGCGGCUUCCCCCCAGAAGCUAACUAUCUGUUCCUUGGAGACUACGUAGACAGAGGGAAGCAGUCUCUGGAAACUAUCUGUCUCCUCCUGGCCUACAAGAUCAAGUACCCAGAGAACUUCUUUCUCCUCCGAGGAAACCACGAGUGCGCCAGUAUCAACAGAAUAUAUGGAUUUUACGAUGAGUGCAAAAGGAGAUACAACAUCAAACUGUGGAAGACGUUCACAGACUGCUUUAACUGCUUACCAAUCACAGCAAUCAUUGAUGAGAAGAUCUUCUGCUGUCAUGGAGGUCUGUCUCCUGAUCUUCAAUCCAUGGAACAAAUCCGUCGCAUCAUGCGUCCCACAGACGUACCCGACCAGGGGCUGCUCUGUGACUUGCUCUGGUCAGACCCCGAUAAAGAGACGAUGGGAUGGGGAGAAAACGACCGUGGUGUCUCAUUUACGUUCGGCAUUGAAAUCGUAUCAAAAUUCCUUCUCAAGCAUGACUUGGACCUCAUAUGCAGGGCACAUCAGGUAGUAGAAGAUGGGUAUGAGUUCUUUGCUAAACGACAACUAGUAACUCUGUUCUCAGCCCCUAACUACUGUGGAGAGUUUGACAAUGCUGGCGCCAUGAUGAGUGUGGAUGAAACUCUGAUGUGCUCAUUCCAGAUUCUCAAACCUUCAGACAAGAACAAGAAGUUCCCAUACAGCGGCAUUGGAGGAAGCGGUCGACCGGUCACCCCGCCCCGUGGGACCAACAACAAGGGCAAGAAGAAGUAAAGCCCUUCCCUCCCCCCGCCACUGAGCUUCAACAACAAAACACUGGACUCCCAAUCUCUCUCAUUGUUCCCAGCUUGAUGACCCCAGUAAUCAGUGUGACCUAAGGUUGUGUGACCCAAGGUCACUUUACUGUUUGUUAUAUAUUUGCAUAGUUCCUUGGGCACCUCUCUCUGUAGACUGUCAUGGAGAAGACCCAGAGGGAAGAUGACAUCCUUGAAUGAUUCGUUGUUUCAGCAGACAGAGUUCUCUCCUAUGGAGGACGUCCUAAUCAAUGAACAGCCAUCAUGAUGGCCAGGUAGUCACAAGAAACAAAAAUCCCAUUCAAUUUGUAUAUUUAGGUUUCUUAACAGUGUUUCUACAAUCAGAAAUAAUAGUUUUGCCCCGAGUUUGUUUCAUGUGGUGGUACAAUACUGGUGAUCCUGUUGAAGAACCUUUAGAAUUAACACAACAUAAACCAAAGGUCUUGAUGGCAAUUUGAGAGUAUGUUAGUCAGGUUAUAGACAUUCUACUUCAAAUGAAAACUGCCAAAAAGUGUGCGCGCGCAGUCAUGUUUCGGUGUCUCUUGUAUUGAUUGAGAGCAGGUUCAAGCCAAUUUAUUUUGUCAGUUGUGGUAUGAUGUGUAAGAAAAUCUAGCAAUGUAAUAAUGAUACAGAUUGGAGCUUUAAUUUGUUAAUUGUGAGCGUGUAGAGGUUUUGUGCAGUUUAGUUCAAAGUAAGGAUUUAAUCUCCCUCCUGUCCCACUGUUCAUCAUAAUGGACCUUGGAAGGAAAAUAUUCAAUGUUCAAAUAUAUUUUUUUUAAUCUGGUUUUAUUUAGGUUUGUAGAUAUUGUCUGUUACUAGAACAGUACUGUUUUUUUUUCAUCUAUAAGGGCCCUGGGUCCAUGUGUGUGUUCUCUACCCUAAAUCAAUUGUAUGAAUUUUUCUAUAGAGUCGAGUCAAUAAAUUUGAAAAAUCAUUCUUGCAUGAAAGACUCCCUAGGUGUUUCUGACUCCUUGCACGAAGGGCCAACUGACGCAUGCAGACUUGAAAAGUUUAGUGCCAUUUUGGUACUACUAAAUAUGAAAUCUCAUUUUUGUUAUUGUUGUUGUUGUUGCUGAGCAAUGCAAAAAUGUAUGUUCUGAAAAUUAAGUUGGAGUAAAAGUCCCCUCUAUUAAAGUAAAUAGUAAGAAUAGAAUAAUAGCAACAACUUUUCAACUUAGAGUGGAAUCCAGAAAUCAAAACGAGGCUUGAUUACAAAGAACUAUUGAUCCAUGCUUGUGUUCAUGUCAUGUUGGAACUUAUUGUUUUUAGCCAACAGGCUUAUGAUCAGACCAGUGAGGUUGAUUUAUACAAAUAAUACUUGUUUGUCCUUGCCAUAUGAAACUACGUGCAUUGAUGAACUUUGAACGCAUCAAGAGUCCUGCAUGGAACUGGCAUAUUGUUGCAUUAAAAAUUGCAUAGGACAAUCACAUGCGCGAUGGAAAAAAUCAGGUCAUAAACACGUGACUUGAAUACAGGUAUGCCAUUGGCUACAUUCUCGAACCCGUCUUAUAAAAUGCUUUAAUGCAUUUCUAAAGAGCAAUAAGAUUUAUUGUUUGGUAUUUGCUCUCUACUCGACAUUCAGACGUAUUAGCUUUUGAGGAAUGAGCCGUUUAGGGGUUAUGCGAUUUCAGCGUGGUUGGUUUGAGACGGGGAUUAUUGGCCAGUGGAGUUGAAAGUUGAAUGUCACACGUUGAUACCGAUUACCCAAUCAUCCGUAUGCAUUGGUCGAUUGAACAGAAAGUGAUUUUUAAAGGACUGAACACAGAGAUGAAUUGGCAGUGAGAGAGAAUCUAGAUAUCAUGUUUGCCUAUUAAUCUGUUUGUAGAAUAUUGAUGGUGCUUGGCUUAUAUUCACCACCACCACCACUUUUCUAUGUCAAGUAAAAGCUCAUGCAUUGAACACUCUUCAAAUGUGUACCCAAAUAUGUAAUUUUACAAAAUUGUUUGGAUAUGUGUGAGCAGCUUAAGCGUGUUCACAAUAUAUCUUGAAUUUUAAUGUGUAUCAUUGUUAUUAAUAUUAUCCUUAGUUUCUUUAUUUAUUUCAUUAUUUUUAUUUGUUGCUGUGGUUCACACAUGCUGCAAUACAGGUGAGGGAAACGUUUGCCUGCUAAAAUCUGAAAAGCAGCAUUAGGAAUACAAGUGAUUUGUAGAAGCAAUGCAUGAUCACAAUCCAGUAAUGCAUUAACAGAAAAAAAGGAAUAUUGGUACUUGGUUUAACCAUUACCAAUAUGAUGUUUUUUGAGAGCUGUUAGGUAGGGCCAAUUUGUUUAAAUAAUUUGUGCACUUUUGAGUAUGAUAGUUUCUUUUUUAAUUUCUAUUCUAGUCACCCUGUACCAAACAUGUAAUUACAUAUAGCAGGAAGUUUGUCAUACGUUGUAGCACCUGCCUUGUAUUUAAAUAAGAAAUGUAAAAAAACAGAUUAUAUUUAAGAGAACAGGAACAUGUACAACAAUUGGAUGAAUAUAAAUACGCAGGGCUGUUGAGCAGUAUCGUAAUGAAACCGUGUGUUGUGUUAAAGUGGUACUACAGUUAUCUGAAUAGGGGUGGUACCAGCAAGCAUUUUAGACAUUACAAUACAAGCCAGCAAGUACAUAAUGUAAGCUUUGAUAUUAUUUGUUUGAUAACUAGUUUUCUAAUUGUUUGAUUAAAGCUCUGUCAGCCAGAGCGUUAGUGACUCGAUGUAAACAUAAACUUGUCUUUGUUCUGCUUUAUUUCUGUAUGUGAUAUUGAAGAAAAAAAUUAUCAAGAGACUAUUUCUUUGUACGAUAAACAUGGUGAAAAAAAUUAUUCUUUCGUUACAAAGUAGUGAUGUGAACAUGUUCUGAAUGCAGUUAUUUUUUUUCAGUCUUUGUUUGAGCCGUUUACAAGCAUCCUUUUAUUUAGGCUCAUAUUUUGUUUGUCAUCAGAGCCACUACUCUUAUUUCAAAAGCCCUCAUUUCUGUUCCAAAAGGGCAGUGCAAGAAGCCAAUUUGAAUUCAAAGCUGGUUAGUUGUUAUGUCCCACCUUUCACCCAGGAAUGGAUGUUUCAUCCUUUAUAAAAGUUAACUUCUUUUGUGCCAAUAUUCCAAAGCUUGUGGCCCACUGAAUCAAUUAUGCGAACUUCAAAGACACUUCCUUUCACAUUUUGACAGCCUUCGUUUACGGUACACUAGAGUCGGCUCAAGUUAGGGUUUAUUCUGCUUGACCAGUUAUACUUCUGAGGAGUCAUUUCCCUUUUACUCUGGUAAUUUAUUUCAAUGUGAAAUCAUGCACUCACCUUCUAACCACAUGAGAAAAAUCUUGUUCGUUUUGAGGCUUUCAAUGGACAUCCUUUGAUGUCUCCUCAGAUGAGUACAUAUAAGAACAAGCUGCACUAUAUGAUACCACUGGGAGUUUCCUGAGCUUUCUCUAUAGGGUUAAGUGGAAGAAGAUCCUGAAGAAAAGGAGAGCAUUUUGUCUAUCGAGAGCAAUAGGGUCAUUAACUCAUACACAUGUACAUGUACUUUAAUAUAGAGCUACAUCGUCCUCCCGGCUCUCGACAUAAGAUAUCAUUAACACGACAGUUGAAUGUAGGAUUUUCCAUCAUGUUGUGUUAUUACAAUAUGUAUCAACGGUCCUUCAGAUCUUUCUUGUGACCCUUUAAGUUUGCUUUUAGGAUAAGAGUUCUCUUUGGAAAUACAUGUAUGCCCAAUCACAUGCCUGAUCAGUGAGGGAAUUUUGUAUGGAGGUCUACUCAAACUGUAGGUCAUUGUUGAUAAUAUUGUCUAUGGAUUUCAGAGACAUGUGUGAAUGAACAGUUAUAAUAUAAUACAAUGUAUUAUUUCACUUUUUUGCCAUAUUUAUCCAAUUGAUUCAGGAAUUUGUGUGUAUUAUUUUGAAAAUGGAAUUACACCCGAUUUUAAUUUGUAUUCUGUCCAUUUAUAUUUGAAUGUCAUAUUUUUCCUAUUAUUCGGCUGUUAAUAUAUAAUAGUUCUGAAUCUCAUGGUAGAAGAACGGUAUUAAAGAUACAUUUAAUUUAUGGGAUGAUUACGAAUGGACAAAUUUGACCCAUAUUUUCUCCAUAGGCAUCGCAUCAGGUGACAUACAUGUAUUUUUAUUGUAGCAAUGUUGUGAAUCUCGAACAAGCAUCUUAAAAUGUGGAUGUCAGAUAUAACAGUCUCUCUUGACAUAUAAUGCAGUAAACUGCCUCGAAAAGGGUCUCAGCAAUACCAUUUUACUUGUAAAUGAAUAGCAACCAGGGAUGAUGAGGAAAAGUAGCAUUGGCAACAAAGGCCCCUAAGCAUACUUUUCUUUUUAAAUUUGUGUGUUGUAAGAUACAGAAAUGUAAAGGGCACUCCACCUAUGACAGUUUAUUUUCCUGCAGCAGGUUUUGAGGAAAUUUAUUGCAUCAUGUGUGAACGGGUCCUAAGACUGAACCAUCCCAAAGUAAACUCCCAUCACCCGUAUACUCUCACAUAUUUGUUGCUAUAUUCUGCUUGUAAUACAGCUCGGUGUUUCUCAGUCUCAAUCUUGUACAAAUUCUCUUGUUACACUUAUAGACUUAAUGAAAUAAAAACCUGACGUUCUGUUUUGUAAAUAUCUGAUAAAA